GACGCAUUUAGUGCGGGAAUAAGGCCUUCGCCUUGGUGUCCUUCCUCACAGACUUGAGUGUUGAUUUGUUCGUCUGUGUUUGGUUUGUUCUCCGAAGCAGGAACAUAAAAAAUGGCGGAAGCGCAGCCGGCAAGUAGCAGUUCAAGUUCUUCAUUCACCGUGACACGGCUGACAACUCCUGGCUAUGAUCCAGCCCUCCUCAAGCGCGCGCGCGGUCAUCCAAUAGCCAGCGGUUUUUCCGGGAAAGCCAAGGUGCCAAAGGUUGAUGAACAAAUAAAAGAAGCUCGCAACGACCUUAACGACAAGAACCCUGUCUUGGAAUCAGCGUCUACUUCCUCUUCGAACUCCGUUGAGAAGUCGACUGCACCGGCGUCCACCACGGGAAAUUCCCUCCUCCACUCUCUUACGGACAAACCAGAGGUCUUCGCUGCACCUUCGCCAGAAACUACAGGACACGGACGGCCAAGGAAGUUGAAAUCUUCCAAAUCAGCAUUGCAGAAGACGCACGCGUUGCGCAUGAUCAAGAAGAUUCAACAAGCUGUGUUCAAACACCAGAAGCGGGGCCGGAAGAUCGGGUGGAGGAAGGAUAAAGAAAAAGGAUCGGGAUCCACUCUUUCACCUACUGGUGGAAAAGUAAAAGACAAGCGUUUCGCGAGCAGCCUGAAUGUGAAUGGAACAAAAAGAAAUUCUUCACCCUCCCCGGAAUCCGAAUCUACUGGAGAAGAUUAUCUACAACAUGGCUUGAUGUCCUUCUGGGACGGUCCAGCCUUGGCAUCCGUUGGCGAAAUAGACAAAUGGCAACCCGGUCAGGCGCGGGCGAUUUCGCUAAAUAAUCAGCUCCCCUUCAUCGGGGAGAUUUUAGACGAGCUGAAAAAAGAUGACACGUUUUUC